AUGAUCGGAAUGAUGAAUAGUGGAGCGGAAUCGUCCGUUGAAUUCUACGCAGCUGCCCGUCAGAGCAGUCUCUACGAACCCCGAAAAAGGAGUAACCAAUCGAGAACGUGAGAACUUUCGCAUUCUUUCUCAUUACAAUGAUUGUGUUUAGGUACACUCCGGAAGGGCGAAUCCUGGUGAACGGAGCGCCUCUGUCUCCGACUCUCGACGCGGAUGACAUGUGGAAGAGUGUGAUCAUAAAGGCUGCGGCUCAGAAAAUGAUAAAAGAGAACUGUGAGAGGAAGGAAUCGGGCCCGUUGGCCACUUUCAAGAGACUCUCCGAGAAGCUGAAGCUGAAGAAAACAAAGUCUUCUGCGGCCAUGAUGAACCUGGAGUUGGACCUGCCAGAAGUGGCCGAAGUGGAAUCCAGUUCACAGCCGGCGCCCGCUGAGCAGUUUGUCACAAACAUCAGAAUAGAAGUGGUCGAGUCAGCAUUCAGUGUCCAGGUAGGUCAGAAGAAAGUCACUCUUUGACCGGAAACCGGUACUCACUCGCAAUCUGACUGUAGAAUCUCGUAAACAAUUCGCUUUUCAGCACGAAUCUGUCGAACGUCCGCAUCUUCUGUUCGAAGAGACCAGCGUCCUCGCGCGACUGCUCGAGGAAUCUUCUCUGAUGGAUAAAAUGGAGAAGGAGCUGGCUGAGAAGGACAGCGGAAAGGGGAGCAGCGACGAAGAGUCGGUGGUGCACAAGAUGUGA